GACCGCUUACGUCAUGCAUGCCGUGUCUGCAUGAAGUGCUUCGCUUAUUAAGGUACCUUUGCGCAUGUCUCGCCGGGUGAGUCUAGCAUCCAUUGGGCGGGGUAGCUUGCCCGCGGCCCGGCUCUUGAUCUACAGGGCCUUUUUGCGGCGCAUCUUCAUCCUCUUGCCAUUGCAUCGAAACGUCUUGUCUAGCAAGCCGAAGGGCGUAGCGUGUCCAACCGAUCGGACCAAAGCCACCUGCACACCUCUAAGCCCCCUUGCGGCUGGGGAUCGUCUCCGCACGCACGCAGCUCACACCCGACCGAAGCGAAUCUCUGACUCAAAAGUACUACAACAGCGAUUUCGCGCCCAGCCCACAGGUGCUCAAAAGCUUCAGCGGGGAAGCAUUCGACGCUCCCUCUAGUCAGCCACUUUCUGCAAUUUCUAGCCAAGCCUUUGGGUAUAUCUCCAGGCCUCACGACCAGACUCUUGUGCCUCUCCCGAUCGACCCAAUUUGACGCGCUGGG